UAUAUAAUAUAUAUAAGCCACGCAGCUCUGGAGUUUGACCAUAAGAAUUGUGCCAAAUACCGCGGAUAGAUUACGUAGUUGAAGUUCAGUUCCCCUCCAGGGAUAUCCGCUCGUAGUGACAUGUAAUUUUCGUUACCGACAAAAACAAUCCAUCAUAUGUAUGCACAUCUCAAAUUAUUAUUUAAUUAUGUUAAAUUAAACAUCAUGAAUUUAUUGGAAAAUAUAUAAAUGUUAUAUAUAAUAAAAGAAAGUUUACAAUUCAAAAAAAGGACAAGAUGACAGAUAUAAACAAAUUAUCUCGCUGGUAUUUUGGCGGAUUUGCUUCUGCUGGUGCUGCUUGUGUUACACAUCCAUUAGAUUUGCUCAAGGUACAUAUGCAAACUCAACAAGAUGGUAAAAUAUCUGCAAUACAUUCUACUAUUACAAUAAUAAAAAGGGAAGGUAUUUCGGCUUUAUAUAAUGGUCUUACUGCAUCUUUACUUCGUCAACUUACAUAUUCUACGACAAGAUUUGGAGCUUAUGAGAUAGGUAAACAGGCAUUAGAGACACCUGGGAAUCCUACGCCAUUUUAUCAAAAGCUGCUUUUGGCUGGAUGUGCAGGUGCUGCUGGUGGAAUCGUGGGUACUCCAGGAGAUUUGAUUAAUGUGCGUAUGCAAAAUGACAUUAAGUUAGCGCCAAAUCUUAGAAGAAAUUACAAACAUGCUAUAAAUGGAUUAAAUCGAGUGAUUCAAGAAGAAGGAGUAAAACAGCUAUUUAGUGGUUGUUCUACUGCAACUGGAAGAGCAAUACUAAUGACCAUAGGACAAUUGAGCUUUUAUGAUCAGAUUAAAAUGAUUUUAUUAGCAAGUGGUUACUUUACAGAUAAUCCUACCACCCACAUAAUUUCAAGCGUAUGCGCAGGUGCUGUAGCUACAACACUGACACAACCACUGGAUGUCUUAAAAACGCGUGCAAUGAAUGCUAAGAUCGGAGAAUUCAAGAAUUUUGCAGAUCUCUUUUUAUAUACUGCCAAACUUGGACCACUGGCUUUUUUUAAGGGCUAUGUACCAGCAUUCAUACGAUUAGCUCCUCAAACAGUUCUCACCUUUCUCUUUCUUGAACAACUCAGGAUCUAUUUUGGUAUUCCAGUACCAGCUGAGAAACCAACUCAAUGAAAUAUUUAUUUUUUUUGAUAUUAACUUAACUUGGGAACUAUUAUCCAUCCGUUAUAUCGCACACAAUAGUAUAGGUUUAUCGUUAAUUUGUAUAUGCUGCCAAUUUUACUCUGCAUGUCUAUAUCUUGAUUACUAUAUUAAUGCAUACAAUCAUUUUACAAACACUUUACAUAACAUAUUCGUAUUAUUUUUAAUAUGAUUAUUUAUGCUAUUGAAAUCAGAAAAAGAAUUAUUUAGGUAUGUGCAAAUUUUUGUUAACAAAAUAAGUUUAAAAGUAUUCUCAAUCAUACAUUCCUUGUAAAUAUUAUUGAUUGUUAUUUAUAUGCAGGCAUAUACGUGUAUACAAAACGAUGCAUAUAUGUAUUUAUAUUAACGUUUAUAUGUACGCAACAAAUUGUUUUACUUAUGUUAGUAGUAAUAUUCGAAAUACUUGUCUUACUAUAGCAGGACUAUGUAAGACUUGAAUAUUUUAAUUAUCAAUUAAGCGUACAAAACACACUAUUGCCAUUAUAAUACAUAAAUAGUAAAGUAACUGGGAAUGUUUGGAGUCUAUUUCAAUAGUUAUAUUUUUUUAAUAAAUAUUUGCAACACACAUCUAAAAAAUCUUUCGUUGUUCGAAAGUGGAUAUAUUUUGAGAUCGAAAUAUUGAUUCUAUUUUCAGUGUACGCAUUGUAAUCACCAAUAUACGUGUAUAUUUGUUAUGUUUACAAAAAGAAUUAAUUAUAACAAAAUAAUUACUCGUUGUUUUUUCAUUUCACAUCAUAUUUAAAUUAUUAUUUAAAUUUGUAAAGGAGAAAAAGUCAAAAAAAAAAAUGUAAUUAUAACAUUUCAAAUGUAUAUGCUACAUAGAAAUCUACUUUAACGAUAGAUGGUAACACGUUUAAAAAAUAUUGUAUCUAUUAUUUUACUGAGUCGAUAAGUUAUCAAUAAUUUUCAAUCAAACGGUUAUAUUUUACGAUUUUUAAUGCACUAUCGGAUAAAAUAAAUUACUUAAGAUUUAUCAUCGAUGUUUUUUAAACAAAAAAUAUUAAUUCAAUAAAAAUUCGAGACAUGUUUACCGUCGCAACUUUUUAGUAGGUAACAGUAGAAAUCUGCAAUUCGUAUCGCGAUUAACGUCCCGUCUUUCCUACAACUGUUAUAUUAUUGAAUGUUAAAAUCUUGCAAGUAGAUGCGAAUUCCUAUGAGAAUAUUGAUUGCCGGAAUGUCAUUUUUAGAGAACGAUGCCAUCGAAUUAUUAUUCUCAUUAUUAUAUAAGAUGCUGGUAAGGUAACCUUGAUUUAUCGUGAAAAAGAAAUCCAGUUCGAUAAUAAUUGGAUGAUUUCUUCACAUUUCUUUCUCGACUAUAAUAGUAAUAAAAAAAGUAAAUCCAAUGUAUAUAGAUAUUGUUUGUUUAUACAAUCCGUACGAUAUCUAUUUUGUCCUAUUAGGAGUUAUUAAAGUCGCGACGAGAUUAAAUUUUAACCUUGAAGUCGUUUAUUCUGGUCGCAUCGAUCAAGGUAAGUCCAAGUUUCGAAGCGUCGUAUCGUAUCAAAAUUGAAAAACGAUCCUAAGGUAUCUUAACGAUUACUUUAAGCUGAUCGAACUUAUUCCGUUUAGUUAUGUUACUGUGUAUCUAUAAGUACUUAGCUACUUACAUGGGGAUCCAGAAGGAACCGGAUAGGAUAAGAAGAAAAAAAAAGGAAGAACGCAAGAAAAAAGAAACUAAAAAAGAAGAAGAAAAAAGAAAAAAAGAAAAAAAAUCAAUCCGAAACACCACGACGUCACACGCUGUAGUGUGUAUCAACAUUGGAAAAUCAAUGGUAAGGCAUGACGUAGUAGCAGUCCCGCCUCGCGAUCCUCCAAUCGUCUACCGUACCUUACCCCCCACUCUUAGGCGCCGUCGAACACCUACCAACACGGUCGCCCCCCUCUCAGCGUGCUCAUUCUGUAGCGGACCGUCGAACCGAUUGGACCGUUGACGUCGAAAGAUCUUGAAAAGGCUAAACGCGCGAAAUACAUACGACACACGCGUAUAUAUAUAUAUAUACAUGCAGUUUUCCAGUCGAUCGAACGAAGUCAACAUCGAGAAUAGUCAGUAAUCUUUGAUUAGAAGAACAAGGCGAAGACGAAGACGAACAAGUAGAAGGAAAAGAAGAAGAAGAAGAAAAAAAGGAAAAGAAGGAAGAGGAAGAGGAAGAAGAACGGUGGCAGAGUUUUAAAGAAUUUUUCACUUUGCAAAGGCUUCUCGUUGAAAGGUCUUGAUUUGAACAUCAUCGAGUUAACAACGAUAAUCAGAUUCGACCACCGACCGAGACAUCGACGUUGAAACGAACGACACGCUUUCCCCCUCUAUUUUUACGCUCUAAGGAAGCUCGAAAGGAAGAAAAAAGAAAAAAAACCAAUUAACUUUCGAAAUCCGACCGGCGAUUGUAUACGGAAACGAAUAUUAACCUAUACGUGUCCGUACGUUCAGAAAUUGUUUUCGAGAAUGAAAUAAUUAAAGCGUAGUAGUACGUAACCUCGUUUUCUUCGGUGAUCCAAGUUGGUAAUUUAUUCGAAUAUUUUGGAUUAAGAAUAUUCCUUUUUGUUCUUCUAUUCGAGGGAAAAAAAGAAACAAUUUUUUUUUCUUUCAUCCUCAUUUUUUCUCUCGCAACCACACCACCACCACCACCACCAACACUAACACCAACGCUAACACCAACACCGUUGUAGCAGCCACGCCGACACGAAGUUCUCAGAGUCGUUUGAACUUUCUAGAGACAGAAGGCGCGUGGAGUUUCGUUUGAAAGAGUGUUAGGGAGUGAGGGGAAGAAAGAAAGAAAGAAAGAAAGAAAGAAAGAAA